UUAACCUCGGCUCUAACCACACCUGGUUGUUUCUCUUUCUGCAGGCGGUUCGGUACCAAAUGUGGCGGCUGCUCGCAGGGAAUUUCUCCGAACGACCUGGUACGGAGGGCCCGGAGCAAAGUGUUCCACCUCAACUGUUUCACCUGCAUGAUGUGCAAUAAGCAGCUCUCCACUGGCGAAGAGCUCUACAUCAUAGACGAGAACAAAUUUGUUUGUAAGGACGAUUACCUCAGUAACAUGAGUGUAAAAGACACGAACCUCCUGUCAGUAACGGCAUGCAGCGAUCCCAGUUUAUCUCCGGACUCUCAGGACCAACUCCAGGACGACGUUGUCCUAAAAGAUACGGAGAUGGCGGCCCUCUCCGACAAGGAGACGGUCAACAACGAGAACGACGACCAGAACCUGGGCGGAAAGCGGCGCGGCCCUCGGACCACCAUUAAGGCCAAGCAGCUGGAGACCCUGAAGGCGGCGUUCGCUGCCACCCCGAAACCCACCCGACACAUCCGAGAGCAGCUGGCUCAGGAGACCGGCCUCAACAUGAGGGUCAUCCAGGUCUGGUUCCAGAACCGACGUUCCAAAGAGAGGCGCAUGAAGCAGCUGAGCGCGUUAGGCGCGCGGAGGCACGCGUUCUUCCGGAGCCCGAGGCGGAUGAGGACGUUAGUGGACCGACUGGAGCCUGGUGAGCUCAUCCCCAACGGGCCCUUCUCCUAUUAUGGAGAUUAUCAAAGUGAGUACUACGGCCCUGGAGGGAACUACGACUUUUUCCCUCAGGGCCCUCCAUCGUCACAGGCCCAGACACCAGUUGAUCUACCCUUCGUCCCCUCCUCGGGCCCCACAGGCACCCCUCUGGGGGGUAUGGACCACCCCCUGCCAGGCCACCACCCUUCCAGUGACGUACAACGCUUCUCUGAUAUCAUGUCUCACCACCCAGGGGACUCUCCCAGCCCAGAGCCUGGCAUCCCGGGGCCCUUGCACAGCAUCUCUUCUGAAGUAUUUGGCCCUAGUCCACCCUUUACCUCACUGUCACUGAACGGCAGCGGAUACAACAACCACCUGUCUCACCAAGCCUCAGAAAUGAACGAGGGCACUGUGUGGUAGCUUUCUGGCACAGAGGACUAACAGCCAGACAUUCACAGAUGGAGGAUGUUGUUGUGGACCCUCAGAGUAGAGUCCAGGAAAUGACAGGGUUAGGGGCAACUUUAUAGACUGUUUUUUUUAAAUAUAUUUAUUUAUUUAUGUUGCAUUUUCUCAUUUUAUUCAUUUUUUUUUCUUGAAAAUCUGAUGACUCAUAAAAUUGUGCUAAAAACAUUGUGUUCAUUAUUGUAUGUGUGUGGGUGGUUUAAUGGCUUUUUUGUUUAAUCCAUCACCCAUGCUACAUCAUCCAGAAAACCUUAUUUACAAAAGAAAAAAAAGUAACUGGCCAGGACUGAUAAACAGCCCCCAUCCUGCUUUAUUUGGACCCACAGGAUGCCCUGUUGCCCCUGCUGUUUCCUAUCAGUGGCCCCCUGCAACCAAAUCCCUUCACACUUACAAGUGCGUUGAAAAAGAGACAAACAACUCAGCUGUUUUUGAGAAAACUCCCGUUGUAGGUCUCAGACAUGAAAACAUGGUUUGUUACUGUCAAAGACUUGGAUAGCUUUACAGAAAGAAGGAAGGGACUGAGGGUCACUGACCUGCCUAAGUGGCAUUCAGACUGUGUCAGAGGCACUCUGUGUGUCCCUGCAUAUUCACACACUCCUAAGACCUCUCAGCCUCUCAAGGCUCUGCCAUACUGAUCUUUUCUCAAAGCAUUGCUGAAGGCCAGGGAACACUUCAGUAUAUUCUCUGCAAAAGGCCUCUGUGUUUGUUUUAAUUUCACUAAUUCCACCAAAUCUGAGGACUGCUGCCUUCAAAAUGCAGUAAAACCAGUUCAACACCCCAGUGGACUGCAAGCCCUUUAUUUAAAAUGGAGAUGAACUUGAAAUAUUGAAAUGAAGUCUACCUUCUAAAAAUACUCUACUGGGGUUCUAAGUAGGACUUCAAACAGUCAACUGUUUACGUAAUCUAAGAAAUUCAGGAGUCCAGAAGUCUCGAAACGCGUUUUAGAACCUCUUGAUCAUUAUAAAAAUGUUCCAAGCAACCAACCAAACUUUUGUAUUGAUUUCAUUUAUAUUGUAUGGAGAUAAAAAUCCAUUUGCUGGGGUUGUGCUUCACUGUGCUAGUUUGUACAAGAUGUUGUUUACAGAAAAAGGAAAAAAAAAGUACAAUAAAAACGAAAGAAAAGUAGACAUUUGCCAAAUUUUAAAUUAUAGCACAAAUACUGUUAAAGUGCUUUGCACUUGUCACGGUUUGUGUUGGGACAAAUUCUAAGUGUUAAAAAGAAGAAAUUGACUUUGAAUUAUUUUUAGUCUGCUGACAAUGCAGUGUUAWUAUAAACAUACUUAGGUUUUAUUUUUGUGUCAUCAAAGAAGAAAAAUCCAAACUAUUAAAAAUUGAUGGUCAAAUAUGCAGCUGUCAGUGGCUACAUCUCUUUGAGUAUGAAGCCCUCAUUAUAUGUCUUUUAUUGUUUCAAUAAACCGAAGCUUAUGUGACCUCCAGAGCAUAUUAGACCAUUCACUGUAUAAAUUCAAYAUGUUGACAGAAUUGUAUUGCUAAUAAACUAGAAAACAUA